CGGACACAGACACAUGUACAUACAUACACAGACACAUGUACGCACAUACACACACAUGUAAAUGCACACACACUUGUACAUACACGCAGGCACAUGUACAAAUGCACACAUGUACACGUACACACACACACACACCCCAUAAAAAGUUGCAGUACUUCAAUGUUCACUCACAGAUCCGGGUACUGCACUCUAGGGGGAGGCAGAGAGCACAGCAUACACUCCUUCCUUUGUUUUCACUGCGCUCAGCUAUUGAGCAGUCUGAUGGCUCCCAGUGCCAAUGACAGAUCCGGCCUGAGCUCCGAGCCUGCUCAGCAAGACGGCCCUGGGGAACACACUCGCCCCCACCACAAUUUC